UCUGGCCACACUGCUUUUGUCGCUGCCGCGAAACUGCGUCCACGUGAACAUCUUUUGGGCAAUGUGCGAUUCCCGACUGAUGAGAUAAAUAGUUAGAGGAGUGCAUUGAAGUGAAGUGAUUUUGGUCCGCCUAAAAUCGCGGUUGAUUUACGAGUGGAAUAAUCUGGGUGAGGACCCACAAAGACCCUUUUGGAGAUUGGACCUGUGCUUGUGUUUGUGCUGCAGACGCGGCGCUCAACAUGUGAGGUUAAAGCAGACGGACAAAAAGACGGCGACAACAAAUCUAAAAACUUUUUGGGUAUCUGGGCUUAUAGAAAUUGUGAACCACAGCUGCUAUUCAGAAGUUAAUGGGAUCCCUUUUGACCUAUAAUGGAUUCCCGACUACUGAAUGUUUUUCAGGAAGAUCCCUUUGAGGGGAACUACGCUAAAUACGAAUCAGACCCGAAUUUUUGGUCAUCUAAUGAUGAUCUACAACUGACAGAAACACUUAACGGUAUUCUACCCAUCGCACCUACAGAUGAAUCACUGCUGACCCAUAACCGGGAGGAAGAUCUGCAAAACAGAAAGAACCUGCUGAGCUACAGUGACUUCGUGGAGCAGGAGCUGUGUGACCAGGAUGCCAAUGUGCUUAAUGCCCAAGUCUACAGAGCAAUCACCGACAGCGAGAUCGACGUAGCCCAUGAGCAACAGCGACAGAUUCGCGCUAUUGUGGAGUAUAACAGAGAAGACAUGGUAAUUGAUGGUCUUAUAGAGGAAGAGGACAUACAGAGCCAGUGUAGCGACACCACGUUUCGAACACGCACAGACAGCUCCUCGAUCGCUGACUAUGAGUCGCAUUCAAGCGACUACGAAGACGAAUACGACAUUGUCGACGAUGAGCAGGACGAAGACCUGAUCGGCCAAAAUAUCGCAACUUUGCAGAGCUCCAGUGACCGCAAGGGUCGAACACUGAGCACAAACACUAUAAUCUCAGAAGCUGAUGCACUUGGACUAAAUAUCGACGUUAAUAACUUUGACUUAGCUGAAUUUAUAACCAAAGAUGAUUUUGCCGAGAAUCUAAACGCCUGUCGCGUAAAAGAGUGUCUGCCAACACUGGAUAUCAAUAAAAAUACUGCUGAAACAGCAGUAACCUCAGUUCUUGCACCAUCCGCGAAACCGAUUGCGGCAAUACCGAAAGCUCUUUCUUCCAAGGCGAGGGACUCUGAUUAUGACUCGGACUCAAUUAUUGACGUUGAAACUGUCGACGUUAUCGACGUGGAUGAGACUUCCUGGGUAACAGCUUAUUCGACAGAAGUUGUCUUAACUUCCGAUGAUUUGCGUUAUGUGGACAAUGUGAAGGCAGAUCCUUCCUGGUCUCCCAAGCCCACAAAGAAGACCAUUCCUAUCGUUGAAGACGUUAGUAAUAAGACCGGUUCCACUCAAAAUAAACCCGUGCAGGCGGGCACCAACCAAACCAUAGCACCAGCUUUGACCAAAUCUAAGCCUGCAAGCAUUUGCUUGGUGCCUAACAAAAAGCAGUGUGACUUUCUUAAACGUAAGGUCGGAUCUUCAUUUUCGAAGCCAACUAAAGUGGCAACGAAGAAAGCUAUAGAGGCUACAAAAAUAAUUAGUAACAAACUUCCGCCAGCAAAUCGUAACCCAUGCAUAGGUCUAGGGCUGGGCGGGAAAAAUCUUUCGCUUCUGAAGCAGGAAAGAGAUACCGCAAUAACACCAUGUGCGGCAGAAAUUUCGGCGAAAGCACCGUCCGUGAUCCCACAGACAGCCACGCCGACGACGGUCCCAAAGCGAAAGCUUAACCUUGAAGAGUACAAACAGCGUCGUUGCGGCGGGGGUGUCGUUUUAAAAACCAACUCUUCGCCAAAGCAGGCGAAACAAGAAAUUUCAAGCAAAUUUUCCACCCCUGUUCCAAUUUUGAAGCCUACGCCGUCGCCCCAGAAAGCUACAAUUGUCAAUAUAGUGAAUAGCCUGAAGUGUCCAAGUAAUGGACAAGCCUCGCUGCCCAUGGAUCCGAUUACUGUGGCCAAAAACAAAGUUCUGCGCAUGCUAGAGAUAAAACGUGCACAGCAAUUAAAGAUAAUUGAUUCUCGGGUAUCAGCUAAAGUGCCUCGAGUAACUAAGUUACCCCCUCUUAAAGACAUAGUUAAAGACACCUACUGCAUGCAAAAUGAGAUUCCGAUUCCAGUGGUGGCCCCACACAGUAAUAAACUCCACCCGGAUUAUGAAGAGAUUAUAAUAGUUUCAGUUAGUUGCAAUACAGACAUAACUAUACCGCCAAAUCAACUCAGCAAAGCUUCCCCCCGCUCUCUUCUAAAAUCCUCAGUUUUGCUGUACAACAUUUCGAACGGUCAAGAUGGCAAUAAGAACAUAAGCAACUCCUUAAUAGCCAGCAUACAAAGUGAAGUCGUCAGACAAACCAGUAGCACUGCUCUCGCGGCGAUGCCGUCCAAUGGCUCACAGCAUACGACUUCAACUGACCAAAAUUUUCAACACGGCGAGGAUAUGAUCAUCAUGCAUUUGCCAAAAGAUCGGGUGCGCAAAACUCUUGUAAGCAUUUCCACCCAAACUGAUCUGCAACCCGAAUUUCCACUCUUGUCGCUGCGCCCUUCACGACAGUCUCGAGAACGUAAGUUAAGAAACUUCCACAAGCGACGAAACCGACGUUCAAGCUCAAAUUCUUCGAGUGGCUCCUCGUCGGACUGCAGCAGUUUGGUGUCCUACAGAUCUCGCUCUCGGUCGGAUUCUAUCGAGCAAUUGCGUAACUUGGAUGCAGAGGCAACAUGUGGGGGAGGAAGUAUUGUGAACGGUGGUUAUUCUUCUCGCAGCACACACCGCCAUCGCAGCUCUGUAAGCUCUUCAUCUUACUCUGAAGCAGGCAAGUAUGAACGUAGACAACGACGCACUAGCUACAACAAGCGACGUUCCAAAAACCACACGCGCACCAACUUUUCCUCGUCCUGCUCCGGCUCAGAGAAAAGUGAUCGAGAACGUAGCCGCAGUCCGAAUAACUUGGCCCGCUCACGUUCAAGGUUAGACCCGCGGUAUCCUAAUAGUAGCUGUCCUAGUAACAACAAUAGGCGCGGUUUUAUGGAUCGGAAUGUUUCGCAACCGGCAGUGGAGGAGCGGCGAAUCGUUUAUGUCGGUCGCAUUGAACAGGAAACUACCAAGGAACUGUUGCGCCGUAAAUUUUUGCCUUAUGGAAGCAUUAAACAGAUAACAAUACACUACAAAGAAAACGGAAUGAAGUAUGGGUUUGUUACAUACGAAAGAGCGCAGGACGCUUUCACGGCCAUCGAUACGAGUCCCAGAGACUCGCAGAUAAACAUGUAUGAUAUUAGCUUCGGAGGUAGGCGUGCAUUCUGUCGUGCAUCCUACGCUGACUUGGACAAUGCUGGUAUAAAUAAUUACCACUCAUAUGUGUUCCCCAAGGAGGCACCAGUGCAGAAAGUACAAGAGGACUCCUUCGAAGCAUUGUUGCUUAAAGUAAAGGCAAAGUUAAAAUCUGGCAAGCCAUCACCAUCAACACCAUCUCUAAAGGAACCAUCCGACCCAAACGCUGGGCCCCAAAACCACAAUCAGACUUGACAUUUUGGCAAGAACAUUACUUUCGUAGUUUUAGUUUAUUUGAGGAUUCGAAGUAUGUUUGUAGACCAAUCUACAAAGUUUAUAUCUGUAUAACUAAAGAGCCUGAUUAUAAUUCAUAAUUUCAUUUCAAACAAAAGUUGACAGAGCUAUGCAUUGCAAACAAUAUAACUAUUGCAAUAUACGCUAGGAUAAAUCAAAUGACCUAGAAUGAAAACUAUUAAAAUAACAAGAAAUGGAAACAAAAUGGAAUUGUGAUAACUGCGUAAUGCAUACAAAGUCAUUUAUUGCAUGUAAGUUAGAAGAAGAUUCAUAGAAAUAGUUAAAAUUAUCAAAAAAAAUUGUAAAAAUCGAUUAAACCUUCCAACCAAUGGAACUGAAAAACAACCAGCCACCACUACAAUAAUAAAUCAAAUGCAUUACAAAAUAUCAAAUAUAUAAUAAUUAUGUAUUUUGAGAGAGCAAGAAACGCGCGUGCAGCAUGCGCUGGCCACGAAUCAAACUGUUGAUAACUAAACUUUGAUAUUAGUUUGUAAAUUGAUUAUUUUGUAUGUACCUAAUUUUAAUUUAAUGAGUAAUUUUUUAUGAGCAAGCACAAAAAAAUCCACUUAAGCUGUUGGGAGAACUCAGUUAAAGUUGUUUGGAAAUCAAUUAAUUUCAAUAGUUCUAACCAUAGUAAGUCUGAGCACUGACUUUCUUAUAUGUAUUUACUAAUGGAAUUUUUUUCGACGAAAGUAAUUUUUGGAAUAAAUUCGACCAAAAAAAACUAA